AUGACCUCAGUAGCCUUCUCCCUCUCUCUUCCCCCUCCCUCUCCCAACUCACCGACGGCCUCUAACCCCGCAGACCGGCGUGACCAGCACCGCCAAUUCACGUGGCUGGAAGGUCUCCUCCUCAUCGUGCUAAUCCUGUCCUACCUGCUGGGCUACGGGAUCCAGAUCAGCAUCAUCGCCGAGAAAUACAGCCUGGAAGAUCCUCCGAAAAAUCGCGGGCUGUACCUCUUCUUCUUCUUCCUCCCGCAUCUCACAGCUGGCUUGAAGAACCUACAGUACCACAUCAGAGAAUCCCGUGAAGAAGACGAUGAAAAUUCGGUUAUUGGAUGGAUCAUCAACCUCGUUUUCCUGCCGGUCAGCCCACUCAUAAGACUCUUUCGAGCGGGAAAAUUUGGAAUGGCGGAAAAAGAAAAUAGAGAAAAUGGAUUAAGAUUCGUCGACGAGCUCCUUACUGCUGCCGUUCUAAGGCUCUUCGACGUGCUCUUAGGCGACGCCCCGACUCUCUCCCUGCUCUUGAGGGAUGACGUGUGGUCCAGAUCCAGUGACUGGAAGGAUAUGGCUGGCGGCCAGCAAGAAUACCUGAGAUGUUCACCUGCUUGUACAAAAGAAGAGAUCGAGGUUACGAUAGAUUUUUGGACUGUCUUUCGUAUGUUCUUCCUGGUUUCGAAGAUGGCGCAGGGGGUCACAUCUUAUCUGGUUGCAGUGAAGAGAUUCCAGAGGUUGCAAUACCCGGAGCAUUAUGAGCACCUGAGGGGGCGCCACUCCAGGCAGGGCAGGCUCAACAUCGUUGCUACUUUUCUGCUGUACUUCGCUAAUUUCUUCUUCAUUGGGUCGCGUGUUAUGGGCUACAGCAUGGUCAGCUACACUUGGGGAUCUUGGGUAUACCUCAUUCUUGGUGCCCACUGGCUCAUCAACUCUGCCUGGCAUCUCAUUACUAUUCUUAAUACCCAUGGCAUCACAGCGGCUAGGUCAGUGUCUUCUCUGGUGAUGGGCGGAGUCUGGCUGUUCGUGAUCACCAACGAGCAGGGGGGGCGGCAGUUGGGGCGCCUCAUCCUGUUCUAUCUCUUGGCCUUUUUCGAAACAGCCAUUUGUAGUUUCCUUUGGAAUGUUGCUAUGGCAGGCUCUGGGGACUUUUUUGCAUUUAAGGCAUCGUGGGCUCUCCUUGCGGUGUUCAUGAUGGCAGUUCUGUUUCUGCUGGUGUAUUACUCCCUGUGUCACCCUGGCAGCCCCUCCAUUUCCAGCCGGGGUCUCUUGUGCUGCUCGGGAGAUCGUCGAGAUCCCUUGCCUGAUGAAGAGGAGGAAGGGGAGUCCACGUCCGUGUAGGAGGGACUUUUCUCCUUGUUUUUAGCUUGUAGUUUAAUGGGUGUCACAAUUUUGCAUUGAAGCAUAAGUUGUGUAUCUAAUCUCAGUAACAUGAUGAACACAGCAAAAACAUGCAUUUGUUUUCUGAGAGUAAUGAGAUUAAAACUAAGUUAACUGCUAUUAAUGGAUAAUAGUGACCUAGAAAUAAAACCACCAUAAAUGCAAGUCCAAAAAGAAAAAGAGAGUCUGGCCAAAAGCAUCCAUGAAUAUUGCAUCAACCAAGUUUUGGGGAUUCUUUGAAGUUAAUUAGGAGGGAUGUUAGACUUCAUACUGAGGCUUAUUUUACUGCAGAGCUUGUUAUUUAACAUGUUAUGAGGUUGGAUUUGGCAAAUUCCUGAAAUACCCAUAAUAUUUAUGGUCACCUUCAUGUACAGAAACUGAAUAACAUAAAAAAUCAGAACUCAUAUGUACAUAUAUUCUCAAGACUUGAAAAAAUGUAUGUUUACAUAUAUCAAGGAAGGUAAAACAAGUAACCAAACCCCUAUAAUAUUGUAAUGUAGUUAAAGUUGACAUUUUAUGGGGAAGUGAUUCCUUUAGUUUGUACACAUCAAAAAGUAACUUUACCCCUCUCUGUAUCUCUCUCUCUCUCUCUCUCUCUCUCUCUCUCUCUCUCUCUCUCUCUCUCUCUCUCUCUCUCUCUCUCUCUCUCUCUCUCUCUCUCUCUCUCUCACAUCAUCUAAUGUAGUGUUUACUUAAGUCUGUAAUAUAGAUAUUUGUAUUUUCUGUGAAUGGGUUUCAAGUAGUUGACAAUAAGCCAUACCUUCAUAUUUCUCUCAUUUUAGAUUUGAGAAAUGUUUCAUUCAAGUGAAUUGUUUUUAAUAUUUGUUGUUUCCUAUAAGCUUUGCGAUAUUUUUGUAUAUUUAAAUAUAAAGUUUUGUACACAA